UGAAAAAUGGCUGCUAAACAAGAGUGAACAGAUGAUAACUUGAUAUUUUGUUAAGGAAUACCCUUUAAAUAGUUUUACGCGUCGGCAGUUAUAAAAAAUGUAGAAAUGACAAUGACGGAACCGUCUUGUCAAUCAACGGACUGCAAAGUUGAAGACAAAUCGUCCAACGAAGAACAACUGAACGUAAACCAAUCCGAAACUAGUGACGUCCAUAAACAGGAAGUAGCAAACACAAAUUCUGGAGGGGGUGGGGCCGGAGAAGGCGCCCAAUAUAUAUUCAACGGCGAACUGUCAGAUUAUAGCAAUGGUGCAAAAACUCUGAGGAAAGAAGAUAGUCGAGGAGUUUACUUUUAUGACUCAUUAGUGACUAGUUACCUUGAUCCCCCAGAUCCUUGGAAAUAUGUCGAUGGAUGGAACAAUGACCAGAUUGCUUACAGAUACAGGAAAAGCUGUGAGAAACAUGGCACCAAGCCUUUGGCAAAGCUUUUGCCACAAAUCCAGGACAUGGUUAACAAUGGAAAAAGGAUAGAAGGUCUUAAUUUAAAAGGUGAAAAACUCGAUCACAAGCAAUGUGAAUGUCUUGAAGAGAUUCUCAAAUGUGUUCAGUUUCAAACCAUUGACCUUGAAGGAAGUCAUCUGGAUGAUGAGUGUGCUGUUGCUCUGUUUGAUAUGAUAGAAUAUUAUGACUCAGCGUGUCAGCUAAACAUAUCAUUUAACAAGAACAUUGGAGUGAGAGGUUGGCAGGCCUGUGCUAGACUAAUCCGAAGGACACCACAUCUAACAUAUCUUGACAUGAGAAACUGUGAUUUAAAUGAAAGAUCCGUUCCAAUUGUUGGGCGUGCACUAAAGUUGGGAAGUACUCUGACCGUGCUACAUCUUGAGAAUACAUACCUGUCCGGGCGGUCUCUUAUGAUAAUGGUUGCGGCUUUAAAGAUGAAUGAAAUUCUGGAGGAGCUGUUUCUGGCUGACAACAAGUUGAUGCCUAGUGAUGGCAUUCAGCUGGGGACACUCUUGAAGUUCAACCAUCACCUGCAGCUGCUGGAUGUGCGAAACAACCAUCUCCAGGAUGUGGGGACGAGUCAUCUCAGUGAUGGAUUGUAUGAACAGAACCUGUCUAUUGGACUGAAGACUCUCGUUCUGUGGAACAACGGAAUUACCUACCAGUCCAUGGCACCACUUGGCAGAGCACUGUCAUCUACAGAGACUUUAGUGACCUUAAACCUGGGUCACAACAACAUUACCAAUGAAGGAAUUCACAGAAUUAAAGAUGGCCUGUUAAAAAAUAAAUCUGUGCUUCGUCUUGGACUUCAAGGGAUUAAAAUAACCUGUGAAGGAGCUGUUGCACUUGCUGAAUUUAUCGCUGACAGUCCACGACUCUUGCGACUGGAUUUGCGUGAAAAUGAAAUAAAGACAGCUGGUCUAAUGGCAUUGUCACUAGCAAUGAGAGUGAAUGAGACUGUCACAAGGAUGGACCUAGACCGAGAUACAAAGAAGGAGUCGGCAAUGAAAGACUAUGCAGUGCAGCAAAGACGACUUCACCACGAAAUCAUUACAUACAUGGACCGCAACCAGAGGCAUGCUCUUCAGCUAGAGGCAGAAAACAAGGCUGUACAAGAAUCCAAACCGGAGCCUCCCAGCAUGUCAGUGGAACAAACGGAAUCACCAGCUGCAGACGAACUGGACGAGGAAGCGGUGACCUACAUUCCUUCUGCGGAGAAGAUACAGAGGCCCAAACUGUUGUUCUCUCACGAUGCCACUCCACAGCAGACGUUGGAGUCACCACACGACUUCCACCAGUUUUCACACGAAGACAUUCCAACCAGCUCGAGUGCCGACCAGAGUCUGAGUCUACACCUGAACGCUCCCCACGUGUCGAAACCUUUAGUAACCACCCCGCCGACAGAGCUGCUGCUCAGUCCUCAGUACGUUCCACAGCUCACAGCUAAGAAAAUCUUUUCCGUCAGUAAGGUCUCUGAGGCCUCUGUGUCGCAGGGUGUCGUUUCGUCGCCCCUGGACAGCGUGAAUUCAGCAGGAGUCAGUGCCAGCGCGCUGUGUCAGAAGAUGGCUGACGAGACCAUCAAUGAAUACAUUGAUCAGAUAGUGACUGCUGAUGACAGUGGUGCUGGUGGUCAAAGGAAGGGGCAGACUGCAGACAGUGACACUAAACGUGAUAAUGUAGAUUUGCUCACAGCGGCUUGUAGUCAUACUAGUCGUGAUGAUUCAGAGUGCAAGACAGAAUUACUUUCAGAUAGUUUGAAGGAAUAUAAUGAUAAUGCUGAAGAUGUAAAUCAGCUUUCAAAUAAUGUUUCAGAUCCGGUUCCCCUUGAAGCCAAUAGUACAACUACUGUGCAAUUUGGAGAUGGCACAGAUCCCUUGAAACUGUUACACACAGGUGUAGAAACAGGUAUAGCACAUGGAAAUGACACUGGAGAAAUGUCAUCUUUAUCAGACAUUUCUUCCAUCUUAUGUACCACAUCAGAGGAUGAAGCUAAUAGUCUGUGUGUAGUGGGUGUUGAUAGUGUUAGUAACCAUGAUUCUAAGGAGGACAUGAAGAAUAAUGGUACUACGGAAAUGAAUACUGAUGUACUUUCGGUGAUUGGUGAAAAGAAACACGGUGAAGCCACCAGUGUAGAAGUUGUGGGUGUUAGCAAAACAUUUCUUUCAGUGAGUAAUGCAGACACAUACUCUAAAGAAAAUGGUACAGGUGUAGUUUCCUUAGCAAAUAAUACAACAAAAAGCACAGAUUCCACAAAAAGCAACUCCAAGAUGGAUUCCGGAAUUGGCAGCUACGAGAAUGAGCAGUGGCUGAAAGUGGACUCUUCCGAUUUGAGCCACCAGUUGUGUAGUGGCCUGGAAUCGAUGGAAAACCAGACGACGGAAAAACCCAACUUCCACACCAACCUGUCAGUAAAUGGGCUUGCCCGUGAACUAGCCAGUGUUCUGGAUGCUCUUGAUGAACAAGUGGACCCGUCAUUUGCUGGUGUUGAGUUAAGUUCACCUGAUGAAUUUGAAAAAGAACUAGAUGCUAUGUUGGCCAAUGUUUAUCAAAGUCGGGAUACAUGGCCAUUUCUUGAACCUCCGAAGCCAGUGUCCGAGAAGACCACUGAACCCCCAGAAGAGCAGUCCUGACAGACGUCGUUCUGUUAGACCAACACUGUUGUACAUGUACCUUGUUCAUGUAGAUCUUUUUUUGUCUUUGCUAACUGGUGAUUUGUUUACUCUUCUCAGAUAUCCUCCAUAUCUUCGAACUGUCUUUUUUAAAAAGACUGUAUCACUAAUUUCCACAGAAUGUUCUGAAUUGGGUUACAGACUACAUGUAUAUAUACAUUGUAGAUAUAGCUUGAUUCCAUUUUAGGAAUGGGGUGUCUGUUUGCAGUGUAAGUUGAUGGGCUUUUCAUCGGAUAAUAAUUGAACACCAAGAGAAUUUCCAUAGCUAUAUUUUGCAAGAAAUUAAUGUGUUGAAAAAAUAACUGUUAUACAAUAAUGUAUAUAUAUUUAUACAUGUAUAUUAAUAUAAUUAAUGGAUAAAGUAAUUGUAGGAAUAUUCUUUUAGUAUUGAAUUGUAAAUUACAUGACAUUGUAUGAAUAGGUUAUGAAUUUCUAAAGGUUGUUCUGUUUGGCAUUGUCGGUUAACUAUUAGGGUUGACUAAAUUAAAGUUCCUUUUUGUCUUUUCCCCAUGCAGGCAUAGUUCAUAAAUUAAGAAUCAAGCAAUAACUGGUAAAAGUAAUGAACUGAUGGAGAUAAUUUUUAUACUGUCUUUAGAAAUGGUCUUCUUGCUUGUAAAAUUGCGAACAAGAUAAUUGAGUUUGCAUUGUCAAAAUAAUCUAAAUGGAACAGGUCAUGAAAUCAGAGUGUAGUGUCAAUAAUAUAUUUGUAGGCCCUGUUGUGUAUGUUAUGUUCCAUGACAACCGUAAGGGGGGGGAGGGAGAGAGGGGGGGAAUUGAUAAAGCAUUUUUAUUACUGUACUUGUUUUUGUAUAUCUGCAAAAAAUAUGACAUAUUGACAGUUUCAUUCCAUGAAAUUUGCAACAAAAGUCAAUACUGUGAAAUCUUUUAUUUUAGUGGGCUUAAAUGUUUGUGGUUUUGUUAAAAGAAACCACAAGAAAAGGCAGUAUCAUAAAUUUGCAUUAUAUGUAUUCAUGUAUCAUAAUUGCUUUCUUAAAUUCAUUGAAAGCACUAGUCCACAAAUUAAAUGAAAAACAUAUCACUACAAACAGAAUUUCACACUGUCUUAAAAGAUUGAACUUAAACAGUAUAAAAACUCAAGAUUUUGUGUGUAUAAUGUAAUACAGGUGUAACAUAAUCAGUAUGCAUAACAUAUGUGGAAUUGCAUGUAUGUUAUUGAUUCUCUUAUAAAUUCUCAUAAAUAUGUCACCACAUUAGUGAACUUAUACUGAAUAAGCUACAAGUGGCAGAUAGAUUUCACGAGGGAUCCAGAAAUAAAAUAUUUCAUGACCAUUUGUAUCUUUAGUUUACUCAACUUUGGUGAGUGUGUUGAAUGAAUUCAUGAUUAGGUCAAUAGGUCAAGGUCAGUUGCAUGUACAUGUGUGGUUAUUAAGACUAUAAAAGUAUUAUGAUUUUGAAAAUUUUCACCUCUGUGAUAAGAUUAAUAUUUUGUUUUACUGGAACACAGGCAUGUAACGUGUCAUAUUAUGAUUCUCUAUCCCUACAGACUUUUAAAACAGUCUUAAAUGAUUGAUUUUAAACAUGAUUUUUACUUUGGUCAUAAAUAAGAAAUUCAGAUAAUUUCUUCAGGUUCCACUAAGUUAUUCUAUACAGUGAUUAUCAGAAUAAAAGAAAAGUGAAAAAUCAACAAAUAUCUUCUGUUUUAGGGUCUAUUAAGGAAUAUUUGUAUUGCAUUUUAUUCCAGUUAAUUAUCUAAAAUAAUAUCUUUUAGGUUCUGUCAGACCUAUUUAUAGAUGGCAGAUGCAGGUGCAGGAAUUUAAUGAUGGGUGUGUGUGUGUCUUGACUGGCGAGCAACGUUUGUAGGAAAAUCUAUUGAAAAACAACAACUUUUGCUUGAGUCGGGGUGGAGGUGAGGUUGACCACAGAAACCCACUCCUACACACAUGCUUGUAUAGUUUAUAGGGUUAAGUAAGAGAAAUUUGAUCAGAAAGAUGUGCUUGCAUCUUUUAGUAGUGUUCUUAAUUCACCAACUUUGACAUUUAUUCGUCUUAAAUUGUCUGCUUGAUAUAUUUAUCAUGUAUUUACUGGAAAUUAUGUUUAGUUCAUUAAAAUAAACAUUCCUGA